GCGGCGGUGCGGGGCGCUGGAGCCGCGGCAGGAUGAACCCCAAUGUCACCUACGCCAGUCGCAAGCGGCGGAAACCUGUGCAGAAAAUAGUAAAGCCAUCUCCAGCCGAAGGAGUCAAAUCCAAUCCCUCCAAGAGGCACAGGGACCGUUUGAAUGCGGAGUUGGAUCGCUUGGCAAGCCUUCUGCCUUUCCCUCAAGAUGUUAUCGCCAAAUUGGAUAAGUUGUCUGUGCUUAGGCUCAGCGUCAGUUACUUGCGAGCCAAGAGUUUUUUUGAAGUUGCAUUAAAAUCUUCAAACUCUACAAGACUAGAAAGAAAUGGCGUUCAGGAAAACAGAACAGCAAGACUUGGAGAAGGGAUGCAGAUCCUGGAAGGAGAGCUCUUACUGCAGGCAUUAAAUGGCUUUGUAUUAGUUGUGACAGCAGAUGCUCUGGUUUUUUACGUCUCAUCUACCAUCCAAGACUACCUGGGUUUCCAGCAAUCUGAUAUUAUACACCAGAGUGUAUUUGAAUUGAUUCACACUGAAGACAGACCCGAGUUUCAACGUCAGCUACACUGGGCACUAAACCCUGCCCAGUCUGCAGAUUCUGGACCUAGUGUGCAAGGAGAUAAUGGCUUUUCACAGCCAGCAAACUAUUAUAACCCAGACCAACUUCCUCCAGAGAAUUCUUCCUUUAUGGAAAGGAAUUUCAUCUGCAGAUUACGAUGUCUCCUGGAUAACUCAUCUGGGUUUCUGGCUAUGAAUUUUCAAGGACGAUUAAAGUUUCUCCAUGGACAAAACAAGAAAGGGAAGGAUGGUGCUGCAUUGUCUCCACAGCUGGCUCUGUUUGCGGUAGCAACUCCCCUACAACCACCUUCUAUCCUUGAGAUACGAACCAAAAACUUCAUCUUCAGAACAAAACACAAACUGGAUUUCACACCUAUUGGCUGUGAUGCAAAAGGAAAGAUUGUCUUGGGAUACACUGAAGCAGAGCUGUGUAUGAGAGGAACAGGAUACCAGUUCAUUCAUGCAGCUGAUAUGCUUUAUUGUGCUGAAAAUCAUGUCCGAAUGAUGAAGACAGGUGAGAGUGGAAUGACUGUCUUCAGGCUUCUAACCAAAGAAAAUCGGUGGGCCUGGGUACAGGCAAAUGCACGCCUUGUCUAUAAAAAUGGAAGACCAGAUUACAUCAUUGCCACACAAAGACCUCUUACAGAUGAAGAAGGAGCAGAACAUCUACGGAAGCGUAACAUGAAAUUGCCCUUCAUGUUUGCCACUGGUGAGGCUGUGUUAUAUGAGCUGUCUUUCCCCAUGUCCAGCUUAUCAGAUGCCUCUCAGCCAAGGAGUAAAACCACCACAGGAAAAGGAGGCAAAACUACAUUACACAGGGAUUCUGUGGAUCCAAAUUCCCUUCUAGGUGCCAUGUUAAGGCAAGAUGAGUCUGUGUAUCUCUGUCCUCCAGCAUCACACAAACUUUCCUUUGAGCGAAACUUCUUUGCAGACAGCAGGGAUGAACUGAGUGGUGUUGUUAGCAGUGACUGGACAGAUAGUCUCCUACCUGCUGGAAGUCACAAUAUUCUCAAGAGGGAAUUAAUGGAGUGUUCCCAGGACAGCAGUGUGCCGCUUCCUGAAGACAGUGCAGCGCUCUUUCAAGAUAACAAAACAAAUGAUUUGUAUAGCAUCAUGAAAAAUCUGGGUAUUGACUUUGAAGAUCUAAAGUGUAUUCAGCAAGAUGAGGAGUUUUUUAAAACCGAAUUAUCUGGUAUGGAUGAUAUUGGGGACAUUGACAUCACUGAUGAAAUCCUGACUUAUGUGCAGGAUUCCUUAAAUAAGUCUGACUUCUUAUAUUUGGGCUGUAACCAGCAGCAGCCCCUGGUCGAGAAUGCUGGUUGCUUGGUACAGCAAGAAUUAGAUCAGCAUCAAAUUCGUCAGCAUCAGAAAGAGCUCAUGGAGCAGCAGCAACAACAACAACAACAACAACAACAGCUCUGUCAGAAAAUGAAACAUAUGCACGUCAAUGGGAUGUUCACAAACUGGAGCCCUGGCACCAGCAUGCCUCUUUGCUCACAGCAGCAGCCCCAGCAAUACACGUUCCCUGACAUGCAAGCCACUGCUGCUGAGUUUUCUUACAAAUCAGAAGUAAACACUUCACCCUAUGCAUGCAGGCAGGAAUUUGUUCCUUACAAGCAACCCACAGCAAUGAUGCCACAGCUUUCUAACUUUUCCCAAAUGGAUUUCCCUGUAGCAGGACUUGACAGAUCAGCCUAUUCUGCUUCUUCCAACCUGGAGGAUUUUCUUGGUUGUUUGCAGCAGGCCCCUGAAAAUCUUGACUGUGGGAUAAACUCUGAGUCGGUUAUGCUAACCCCCCAAACAUGUUAUGCAGGUGCUGUUUCUAUGUACCAGUGCACACAAGAAGCACAGCCAAACAGCAUGGAUCAAAUGCAGUAUGAUCCCAUGAUGGCAAAUCAGCAAACAUUGUUAAACAAGUUCCAAAAUGGUUUCAAUGGAGGAAAUGUAAAUGAAGCAUAUCCCUCUCAGUUAGAUGUGAUAAGUAAUUCACAAACUGCCACACAUCUUCAACCUGUUCAUCAUCCAACAGAGCCCAGAUCCUUCCCAGAUUUGGCAUCUAGUGGAUUUAUGUAAUUCAGAUCUAGAGCUCCAUCUGUGAUUUUGUCUGGGUAUCAGGCUGCUCUGAGGAAAAGCUUGAUAAGUCUGUCUUUCAACAUUGGACUUCAACAGCUAAAUUAGAUUUUGAAAAACUGAGGUUGAUUGCACUAUGUACUGGUGGAUAUGUAAUCCAAGACCCUAACUUUUUAGGGUGGCAGGUGGAAUUAAAACUCUUGACUUAAAAAUAAGCACGUGCUGUUUUCCAUCAGACUGACUGUGUCAUUGUGAUACGGAUUACAUAUGUACUAAAGACUAUGUCAUGCUAUACAACAUAAGAUAAGGCAAAUGGUUUUGUUAUUUAGAAAAAUAAUUGGGCACUUUACAAAUAGCACCAUUGGCACAAGGAAGAUAAUUUCACACUUGGAUUAUUUCCAGACUUCAUGAAAAAAAAAUAAUUAAAAAAUUAAAAAGCUCUGAAAUGAGAAUCAAAAGCACUUAAUUUAAUGCAUACAAAGCUCUUUAAUCACUUAUUUUAUAUGUAAAUCCUUUUGUUUUAAGUCUCCAUUUCUAGCACUUUAAUAGAAGGCUUAAUACAAGGAUACGAUAUGCAAAUUCAGGUUUUCUAUGGAACAGAUCCCUUGCAUUCCUCCUUUUCUCGUCAACCUUAAGUGCCUCACAGUUUAGCUACCUUGUUUCUGACAGGAGCUUGUCUUAGCAAAACUCACUAUAAAUGUCAUCCAUAUUCUGUGAACUUUUAUCUAACAUCUACAGUGCUACUGGCUGUAUCCUUUUCUCCCCCCCAAAGACAAUUUAUUUAGAGUAUGACUUAAUUAUUUAUCUAUGAAUUUGUUACACUAUGAUCAGGAGCUAUUAGUGUUCUGAAUUUAGUUCAUCAAAAGAAUUUUGGUUUAUUCUGUACUGCUUUUCUGCUUUCUUCAGGUAAUACAGGGUAUGUUAAAAAAGCAGAUUUUGCCGAUGGGGAAGAGCAGUUCCUCAGGAUUAGUUUUAGAUUAUUAAUGUUGAAAAACAUGUGCCUUAUCUUGUGUUAAAACACUCAUAAUGUUCUUUAGAAAUAAUGCAAGGCUGCUCUAUGCAAAUACUUUCAUCAAAAUGGAUAUUGAAAAGAUUUGCAUUUUAAAUAAGGGGGAAAGGAGUCUCAAUAAUGAGUGGUAUUGACACUUUGACCGCAGGUUUCAAUGUUCAUAGUGGGGAAGGGGUCAAUUUGGGUUAAAAUUUUAUUCCUAGCAACUUGCACUGCAACGGACCGAGAGGCUAUUCCUUUAAUGUAUGUUGGAUCCACUUCAAGAGCUUUGUGCAAAAUACAAAAACGGGAAAGGAAACAAAAAGUCAUUAGAGAAAUUCUACUUCUAAUUGGUUUGAUUUUUAAGAGGUUAAAAAAAAACAAACAAAUAACAACAACAACAACAAAAACCACCGACAAAGCAUCAUUCUGGUUUUUGUUCUUUUUUUUCCUGAGAGGAUUUUUAGAAUCGUAGACACCAGUGUUUGGUGGGAAAUAAUAGGCUACAUGAAAGUACAGAAGUGUGUAUAUGUUCAAAAUCUUUCAUACUCUUGCGUGUUGUGUAGUUCAUAUAUGAUAAAAUGUCUUUGUAAAAUAUCUUAAACCAGUUAAUUUUAAACGUUACAUCAUUCCAUCUUAAUAUUUUAUUACAUUUGUUAUAUAUAAUAUAAAGUGGCAAUGUAGCCAGUUUAAAGCAGGCAAAAGUAAACAGGCUCCCUUCAGAUGGUUGUUAACAUUGUUUAAUACAAAGACAAUCACUUUGAAUUGGAAUGCUUUCUCAGAUGAAACAUGCUUUCUUAUUGGGAGAGCAUAUCUUUCAUUUUGGGAUAUUAUAUCCUAAGCCAAACUUAAUUUGGUUACAGCUUCUCAGAUGACUGACUUCAGGUCUUUUAAGUGAAAUUAUUAUAUAUGAAAGGGACAUUAAAAAAUAAAUUAUUAUUCAGGAAAAGACCAUAAGGAGAUUGCGAGUUCUAAUACAAGAUUGCUUUUUAAGAACAAACAACAAUGUUUCAGACUUCAUUUUCAGCACGAGAUAUCGCUAGCAAAUUUGAUUAACAUCAUUUGAAUUACUUGGUCGCCCUGUCAUUUUUUAUGUAAGAUCUUGCUUUAAACCAAUAUCUAAAAUGUCUUCCAUAUCUAGUUAGUGUAUGAUGUUUUAAUUUGAACUUGAAAAUUAGAAGAAAAUGCUGUAAAACAAGAAGGUUUAAAGGGAUAUGUUUUACAUCUUACAAACCAGUGUAAAUCCUCUUUAUUACAUUAGUUUAACCAAAUACAUGUCGUCCUAUCACCAAGUGCCAAGGAUGCAGCACUACAAUUGUGCUGCCCUACUUACUGUAAACAAAUUAGUUGUUUGUAUGAAUAUCAGCUGAUUUUGUGCAUUAUCUUACGUGUACUACAUUGUCUGCAUUAGUGCACUCUUGAUCUGCACCAAACUGUACCUACAGUGCACAGAUGUUUCUAAAUUGGAUCUCUUAGUCCUUCAGGUCUGUUAUAAGUAAGAUAUAACUCAGUGUUAGACAGUAUUACUAUCCAUUUUUGUACAAGUUUUCCUAGCUCGUUUUUCUUUCCAGGUCUUCUCUUUCAUCUGCUAUGCCUGCACAUACCAUGCAGUACAUCUUUUGCAUUAAGGUAUGGUUUUGUAGCGCUGUUGCUGAUCUUCAAUAAAGUUUGUAAGGCAUAAUAUAUGGUAAUAAAAUAAUCACUUGAAUGUA